CUUCCCGACCCGAUUACCUAUCACCCGCCAGACAGAAUAGAAAAUCCAACCAGAUAACAAAAAAUAGAUAACAGAAACUCAAAAAAGUACUCUUCUUCAAUGCUAUAAAAAAAAAAUUAAAAAAAUUAAUGGCAUUUUCUUCAUAUUCAUCUACUACUGCUACUACUACUUCAAUAAUUACAUAUAAUGCAAGUUUACGGUCGUCAUUUCCAAUAAUUGCAUCAUUUCCAACACGUUUUUCGAGGCGAAAAGCAUUGAAAUUUAGGCUGAGUAUAAAUGCAACUGCAACAAUUGAUUCAGCUAAUGGUGCAGUUGUUGUUGAAGCAGAAGAAGAUUCUGAGAAGAAGAAGAAAUCACAGAAGGAUGUGACUUUCGGCAGACAGUAUUUUCCUCUUGCUGCUGUUGUUGGUCAGGAUGCUAUUAAAACUGCUCUUUUACUUGGGGCCAUUGACCGUGAGAUAGGAGGAAUUGCAAUAUCUGGGAAGCGUGGAACAGCAAAAACUGUAAUGGCGCGUGGCUUGCAUGCUAUUCUGCCACCAAUUGAAGUAGUUGCUGGCUCAAUGGCCAAUGCUGAUCCGAACUGUCCUGAAGAGUGGGAAGACAGGCUAGCUGACAGAGUAGAAUAUGAUUCUGAGGGCAAUAUCAAGACCCAGAUAGUCAAAUCUCCAUUUGUUCAGAUUCCGCUUGGUGUCACAGAAGAUAGAUUGAUUGGCUCUGUUGAUGUUGAGGAAUCCGUGAAAUCAGGAACCACUGUCUUUCAACCAGGCCUCCUUGCAGAAGCUCAUCGAGGAGUUCUAUAUGUUGAUGAGAUCAAUCUAUUAGAUGAAGGUAUAAGUAACCUACUUCUUAAUGUAUUGACUGAGGGAGUCAAUACUGUAGAAAGAGAGGGAAUCAGCUUUCGCCAUCCAUGCAAACCACUACUAAUUGCUACAUAUAACCCUGAAGAGGGUGCAGUUCGUGAACAUCUUUUGGACCGUAUUGCAAUUAAUUUAAGUGCAGAUCUUCCAAUGAGUUUUGAAGAUCGUGUUGCAGCUGUAGAGAUAGCAACACGUUUUCAGGAGUGUAGUGACGAGGUUUUUAAAAUGGUGAAUGAAGAAACAGACAGCGGAAAAACACAGAUCAUUUUGGCAAGGGAGUAUCUAAAGGAUGUCACAAUCAGUAGAGAUCAACUAAAAUACCUGGUCAUGGAAGCCAUCCGUGGUGGCUGUCAGGGGCACCGAGCUGAACUAUAUGCUGCUCGUGUAGCCAAAUGCUUAGCUGCCAUCGAUGGACGUGAGAGAGUAAAUGUUGAUGACCUGAAAAAAGCUGUAGAGCUAGUCAUCCUCCCACGUUCGAGUAUAAUGGAAAACCCACCAGACCAGCAAAACCAGCAGCCACCUCCUCCUCCUCCCCCUCCCCAAAAUCAAGAUUCUUCAGAAGAGCAAAAUGAAGAAGAAAAAGAAGAGCAAGAAGAUCAAGAGGAUGAGAAAGAUGAGGAAAAUGAGCAGCAACAAGAUCAAAUACCUGACGAGUUUAUUUUUGACGCUGAAGGUGGUUUAGUGGAUGAAAAACUUCUUUUCUUUGCACAACAAGCACAAAGGCGCAAAGGAAAAGCUGGACGAGCAAAGAAUGUCAUCUUCUCUGAAGAUAGAGGUCGAUAUAUAAAGCCAAUGCUUCCAAAGGGUCCAGUGAAGAGAUUGGCAGUUGAUGCAACUCUAAGAGCUGCUGCACCAUAUCAGAAGUUACGAAGAGCACAGGAUGUCCAAAAAACUCGGAAGGUUUAUGUAGAGAAAACUGACAUGAGAGCCAAAAGAAUGGCACGCAAAGCAGGAGCUCUGGUGAUAUUUGUAGUUGACGCUAGUGGGAGUAUGGCAUUGAAUAGAAUGCAGAAUGCCAAAGGAGCAGCACUUAAGUUACUUGCAGAGAGUUAUACAAGCAGAGAUCAGGUCUGUAUCAUUCCCUUCCGAGGAGAUGCUGCUGAAGUUCUGUUGCCACCUUCUAGGUCAAUAUCAAUGGCAAGAAAUCGUCUUGAAAAACUUCCCUGUGGCGGGGGUUCUCCCCUUGCUCAUGGGCUUACAACGGCAGUUAGAGUUGGGAUGAAUGCAGAAAAGAGUGGCGAUGUUGGACGUAUCAUGAUUGUUGCAAUUACGGAUGGUAGAGCUAACAUAUCUCUUAAAAGAUCCAAUGAUCCUGAAGCUGAAGCUUCCAAUGUACCCAGGCCUUCUGCUCAAGAGCUGAAGGACGAAAUUCUCGAGGUGGCUGGUAAAAUAUACAAAGCAGGAAUGUCUCUCCUUGUCAUAGAUACAGAAAAUAAGUUUGUUUCCACAGGUUUUGCCAAAGAAAUCGCGAGAGUAGCUCAAGGGAAGUACUAUUAUUUGCCAAAUGCUUCAGAUGCUGUGAUAUCUGCAGCUACAAAAGAUGCAUUAUCAACAUUAAAAGAAUCUUGACUUGGAAAACGCAGCCCGGUGCACUAAAACUCCCGCUAUGCGCUGUGUCCGGGGAAUCUUGACUUGAAACUUGAUAGAAAUUAAUUGUAAAUUUUGUUUUUUUUAUCAUAAAUUAUUGAGAGGAUGGAUAUAUGAGCAUGUUUGAAAAUUCUCAUCUUUUGUUGUACCAAUUGAACUAAUUUUUAAAUUUUCAAUUGUGCAAUCAAGGUGAUGGAGAUUCUUUUUUGGGGCAUCAA